GUUAAAUUCUCCACUCAGAAUCCGUGCGAAUGCUCAGCGGAACUAAUCGAUGCGCGGAACAGGACUUACUUUCUGGUUCCAUGUACAUUUGCGAUCACUGCUCCGUACACACAGUAGACUUUACCUGUGUGCGCUACCUCCGGCUCACACGGGGAGGGGUUUUGAAUGUUUGUCACUGCAAUUUGCAAACGAGGAAAUAAUACGUCGGGCUGAACCGUAAACACACAAGUUAUCGACUCCGGAUUGUUUUGCGGUACAUUUUUAUUUUUUCCCUGUAAAGUAAUCGGCUAAGGACUAUCAGUGCGUUUUGGUGUGGUUGUGGGGAUUGUAUGUCCACCUCGUUUUUUUAGAAGAAUGGCGAGAGACUACGUUAAACGUUGUCCCUUAUCAUCAACGAAAAACUGUUGUUUUGUGACAGCAGCGAUACUUCUUAUUAUUCAAGCUGCUUCGUGUCAGCGGGUCAAGGUGGUGCCGGAGGUGGAGGCGUACCCCACUGCGUCAGUCGACCUGCGCUGUCAGUUUGUCCAAGGAGGAGACACCAAGCUCACGCAGGUGUCGUGGAUAUGGGAGCCCGUGGAGGGCCAGAGGGACAACAUUGCCGUCUUUCACCCCACGUACGGCGAGAGCUUCCCGCCGUCGCCCUUCAACGGUCGCGUCAGCUUCGUGGCUGGAUCGCUAAACAACCCCUCCAUCACCAUCACCAAUCUCACGAUGUCUGACGCCGGGCGUUUCACGUGCGAGUACGCCACCUAUCCCAUCGGCAACGCGCAAGGCACCACCAAUCUGGUUAUGCUCGCUAAGUCGAAGAAUUCCGCCCACGCCGUGACAGUCCAAGCCAGCUCCGACGGCAGGGCGGUGGUCGUGGCCCGAUGCGUGGCAGCCGACGCCAAGCCGGCGGCAAACAUUAAUUGGUUGGGGUUGCCUGGGGGCACUGAAAACAUCACCGCCGUCCAAGCGCCAAACCACACCGUGACAGUGACCAGUGAAUACCAGCUGGCGCCGACGGCCUCAGACAACGGCAAGGAGCUCACCUGCAUCGUCAGCCAGCGCAUCCAGGGGCCGCCUCAGUCCUUUACAGUGAAGCUGUCCAUCGAGUAUCUCCCUUCUGUGACCAUAGUUGGCUAUGAUCAGAACUGGUACAUUGGUCGGACUGACGCUGUUCUGACCUGCCAGGCCGAUGGCAACCCUGCCCCAACUGCAGUCACCUGGUCAGCCGUGUCAGGGCCGAUGCCUGACACGGUGCAGAUCGACGACAACAAGCUGAUCGUGCGGAAGGUGGACGAGUCGGUUAACACCACGUUCGUGUGCGAGGUGAAGAACCGGCUGGGAGUUAGCAAGAACCAGGUCACGACGACGGUCAUUGAGCAACGUAUGGUUACUCCAUCCGUGCCAUCAACAGUGGGCAUCUUCGGUGGCAUCAUCGCUGUGCUCCUUGUCUUGGUUAUUGUUGGUGGUAUCAUCUUUUUCAUCAGAAAACGCAAGCAGAACGCCGAGAAUGGAGAUGGUCCUCCCAAGCACAAGCCCCCUCCCCCCAUGAAGACCAGCCGCUCCACGGAGAUGCUGAACAAGCCUUUGCCAUCCCCGGUAAAGACGGAGGUGACAGAGGUGACGGAGACCCAGCCUCUCAGUCACAGGACCUAUUACGAGACCAGCGGAGAGCCUGUCACAGAUCUGGAUGGCUGCGAUGACUAUGAAAACACAGUUGGUGGCGGUGCAGCUAAUGGCGGGACCCACAAUGCCCUGGAAGAGUCGGCGCAGUACGUGGAUAGUGACGAAAUGCUAAACAGUGAUGCCCCGCUGACAAACUCCAACGUGGAGGGCCACCUCGGGGACCAGGGAGCGCCAGCCUCAACUGUGGCUCGCGGGGAAAGCUUUGUGUCAGCUGCCAUGUAUGUUUAGGAGAUUAUGCAGAUUAGGCCUCGUUAAUAAAACAACAACAGCGUGCCUGUGUUCAGCUACACUGAACAGCACAGAGGCUCAGCGAGGCCGUACCAAUUCCAGCCUUCAGAUGUGGUCAAAUCCAAAUGCAGUGUUUCUGACUCUUGUUCGUUUCAACUGAAAUAUCUCCCAGAAUUGGUAGCUUCCAAGCAUCAAUGUUAUACCGUUCAUUGGAGAUACUUGGACCAAAAUGCUUUUCUAUGGCAAUAUCAACUAAAUGAAGUAGUGAAACAUAAAGUUUAGGACAAUUACUCAUAUUUCAGGUUCAGUUUAAAUGGCAAGAGUCUGCAAUACUAUGCUAUUAGUAUAAUGAAAUGUGACGUCUUAGUUUACAGCAAAGCACAUAAUACAAUAUAAUUCCCCACACAAGAAAGAUUUCUGCUCACAUUUAGGUUAAAUUAAGUUAAAUCAAGCUCGAUUACGUAGGUUGAAUGUUCAGAGCAUCAAAAUACACAGCAUAUAUUUGAAAUACUGCCAUUAGUACCAUUUUGAGAUUAAGUGGUUUGCUCUCUGAUAUAUGCUGCAUAUUUUAAAAAUAGCAAAAUUAGUAUUUUCAUAGUUUCUAUUUUAGUCUUACAUGCUGAUUAACACCCGGCCAUGCACGUAUUUGUCUUUUGUCUACUCACACAAGCCGUGUUCAGGAAACACCGGUUGAAAUACCAAACCAAACUGUGAAACAUUUAGCGAAUUAGCUGUUGCUAACUUGCUUGGUCUGGAAAAUGAAUAUUGAGUUAUUUAAUUGGGUUUUUAUGUUACAUUAAUGCAUACUCUUUUGUUUUAGGGGUCUUGGUAGGUGUUUGACCCAAAGUCUUACAGACAUGUGUUUUCUCUGCCCAUAUAGUUAAUCCACAGAUAAAGGGACAAACCUAGCCAUCUAUAUAUUAUCUUUUUCUAGUUCAUCUUCCAAGCACUGCAAUGGGUUUGUACACUCCUGAAAACCAAUAAGGAUAAGAUUUUGCACAACUAAAAUGGACCAAAAUUAUAUUUUUUCUUUUAACAACACAGGCGUCCAGUGAAGUGUAUGAGCAGUCCCUCAUAAAAGAAAUACAUUUCUUAUAUAUUUUGGAGAAAGUUAGGAUACAUGUGAAAUAUAAAGAAAUUGACAAAUAACACAUUUUAACUGGUGACAGUAUAUGGGAUUUAAAGAUAUACAGUAUAUACAAAAAAUAAAAAGCUACAAAAAAAUAUGGAAGCCAGUUUAUUAGGUACUUUAAGUAGUUAAUAAUCCUGUAGGCAAUUUAUUAGGUAUAUUAAUACAUUUAAUAAUAAUUCAGUAACCUGUUUAUUCGGCACACCGACCCAUUAACGCUUCUGGAGACUGAGCUAUGUGGCUGGGGUUUGCUAUAUAAAGUAGGCAGUUGGGUAGCAGACUGUUUGAUUGAACGUGAGACUGGGCAAAAGAAGUACCUAAGGGACUUUUGAGCUUGAUCUGAUCGUCGGUGCCAGGCGCGCCAGUUCCAGUUUCUCAGAAACGGCUUCCCUCCUGGCCUUUUCACACGCGACAGUGUGUAGUGUUUACAGAGACUGGUGAGACAAACAACAUCCUGUCUGCCGCAGCAGUCCUGUGGGCAAAAACAGGUAGUUGAUGAGAGAGGUCAGAGAAGAAUGGAAGGAAUCGUACAAGCUAACUGGUGGGCUGCUAACCCCCCCCAAAAACGGCACAGCACAACCGUGAGAUGCAUGACUGCACCUCGCCACGCACAACUCGUCGACCCUUGUCGUGGAUGUGCUGUUGCAGCCGAUUACAACACCGGGCUCCUCUCCUACCAACUAAAAACAGAAAGCAUUUUCAGUGGGCCUGGGAUCACCAACACUUGAUCGUUGAGGAAUGAAAUGACCCCAACUGGUAUAACGAAUUUCAGCUCCAGUUAUGUCUAGCCGUCAGGAUUUGGCGUAAUCCGAUUGUGUCCACGGACCCAUUCUGCCUGCCCGGCAGUGGUGUAAUGUUACAGAGAAUGUUUUCCUGGCUCCCCAUAGAUACCAAUUGAGCGAUGCAUCGUUGCAGACCAGGUGCAUCCCUUCAGGGCUACAACUUACCGUUUGUCACGUGAAACCUUCCAACUGUAUAAGCACAUAUUGUCUCUAGAUAUUUUUUCUGAAUGGUUCCCGGAACAUGACUGCGAGUUCAGCUUCUUGAGUGGCCUGCACCAUCAGCGUAACAAUCCCAAACCACGAUUUUGGGGUGAGAUGAAUGUACAGACGUCGAAUGUUUCCAACCUCUUGUAGAAGGUCCAUUCCCUGAUGAUUUUAGGCUGUUCUAGAAGCAAAGGGGAGUCCGACCUGCUAAUAGUUGGGUGUACCUAACAAAAUGUCUAGAGUAUUACUUGUCAUUUUUUUUAUAUUUCACAUAUUUUUUCCCCAAAUUGAUUUCCCAACGCUCUCACACACACAACGUGGACUGUCUUUUCGAGCAUAUUAUCUUAAAGCCUUUUCCGAACCCAUUCACGAAUGAUGUGCGAAAACCUCAUUGAUGAACUAUUGUGUGUGACUACAUCAAGUUGAUCAAAGAUGUCAGUGAAUAUCAAUAAACACUGUAAAUAAUAUUGAUGAAUAAUAUGUUGUUGGUGAAAUGUGUGCACAAAAAAAGUAGGUGUUUCCAGUGCCUCUAAAUAUAAGGGGUGUCAGUUUCCAUGUUGAAUUGAAAAAAGAAAAAAUACGUGUAUAUUUUAUUUUAACGGGUAUUGAGGUUGUCAGUCCAGAUGCUCAUGUUUAUAUAAAAACGGUGUGAAUUUUAAUCCUUAUAACUGCAUGGCAUGAUUGGUAGCUUGUUUCAAACAGUUGGCUCACUUUUCCCAAGGCUACUUGCAGAAUCUCCAGGCUUUCUUUCUUUAAAUGUUGUCAAUGGCUUUGCAUUCCUACAUUGUCCACUUUAAGCACAAACGCAUUGAUUGUAGAGCGCCAAGGUAGUUUAAGCGCACUGCACAACUUUAUCUGUUUGCUAAUACUUUUUAAAUUUGUUCAGCAUAUAUUCAUUCUUCAGGGUGCUUACCGCAGGGUGUAAAACACAGAGAGAAGUAACUUACUAUCACUGAUUAGGGGAUCAAAUAAUUGGUUGUGAAUGUUCCACAGAGCUUGAGCAGCACAAUUCCUCAAGGGCAUUGACCUUUCAGAGUCAACUGAACAGACAGAGACAAUGCUGUACUCGCUAAGCACAUUAGCUUGUUAAAUUAAAAAAAGACAAAGGAGACGCAAACUAACAAAAUGUACGCACCUGUCAAUAUGCAUGUAAAUAAAUCACAACACUAUGGAUACUGACUGAUAGAUGUGGAAAAUAGACUGUUGUUGGGGGGUCUGAGAAAGAGACUGAUGGAGCGGUUGAAAGCUAUAUGGACACCCCACUCAAUAUUUUAGUUUAUUUUGUGACGCUUAGUUUGAAAACGUCAAUUUGCGUAUGGUGGCACUUCAGUCUCUAGGGUAUUUCUUUCAAAGGGGAUGUCUGCAUGCUGCAUGGAACUAUGGGUAGCUUUACUUAACUGUGCAAUAUGAGUGAUGGGGCCUUAUGGCUGUGGGAGGUGGCUUGCAUAAAUAGUUGCAGUAUCAGACAAUCACAUCAGUGUUUUGUAACACAGGUCAGUUUAAAGGGAAAUACAUUUUUAAUCUUAUUAUUGUGAUUCCAUUUAAAUGUUUUAUUUCAGUUUUCUUUGUAUUGUCUUAUAUUUUUUUUAUAGUUUUGUUUUAUUGCCUGUAAAAAGAGCCUCAAAUUGGAAGAUGUUUUGAUUGACUGUAUUUAGCUUAAAAAAGACAAUCAUUGGAACCCCAGGGUUUGUCAUUAUCAGAGACCAAUGAGUCAGCUGUCUGUUUAGUUUAGUUCUGUUGUUUUCUGCAUAAGGCAUCUGCUGACUACUCACAGUGGCAAGAGUUGCUGUUUGUGCUUGCCAAGCACUUCGCUUUCUCCUCCACAAUAAGUUUGAUGCCAAAAAUACAAACUGUGAAUGUUUGCGAUAACGCCCGUCGGAAUCCGGUCUUCUUUCUUCCCCGCUCGUUUACUCACAUUCACUGUCGCUUGUUUUCAUCACCAAGCCAGACGUGCCUUUGUAACUUUAUUUUUAGCUUAUUAAUUUACACAUUUAAUUCUGUGGUAUAAAAGACAAUAUAUAAAAAAAAUAAAAACAUGGUAACCUUUGACUGUGGAAAGCCAAACCCUGGAGAUCAUUGUGAAUUGUUUUUAAUAAACAUGUUCCUAUUUUUUUUGUUUUCCUUUUUAAUGAAAUGUUUCCAUUUUGGAUGCUUUUUGGGAAAUGUGUAAUGUUUUACAGAUCACUGUCUUGUCCAAUAAAAUGUAAGCCAAAGG